UCGAAGGAUUUAGCCUACAAAAGGCUGAGGUAACUGUUCUGCGCUCCCAUCUGUCCUGGGAAAAAAACAACCACCAGCAGACAGGCAACACCGAGAUGUUAUGGAAUGAUAUGCACUUUCCCAGUCCACAUGAAGCAAGGCCCACUAUGGAAAUCCCAAAAACAAUGGAACGGGGCACAAGAAUAGUCUUGGAGAAACCAGUGUUUCAACCCUGCUUGCAGAUGAUAGCAGAUAGCCAGAGAAGCGGCACUCUGAAAGACGACACGUACACUGCUAUUCCAUGGCUAGUUGGCCUGAAGAGGGGCGACGCCUUGAAAGAGGACAAAAACACCAUCCUGGUAACAGAGAGGGGGCUCUACUUUGUCUACGGCCAGGUUUAUUACAUGGAUAAGACCUUUGCGAUGGGCCAUGUCAUCAACCACAUAAAACAAGAAAACGUUGGAAACCAGCCACAGAUAAUCCCUUUAUUCCGCUGCAUCCAGAACAUGAACCAAGACUAUCCGUACAACACCUGUUACACAGCAGGGGUAGUGAUGCUGGAGGCUGGGGACCGGGUGGAGCUGUUGAUCCCUCGCCAGACUGCAAACAUCUCUCUCUCUGGAGAAGACACCUUCUUUGGAAUCAUGGGGCUUCUGUGACAUGGGUUAUUUUUGUAGCGAUGGAGGAUGCCGUGGUUAUGAAUUGAGCAGCCCAUGUUCUUGAUAACACUGAGUGGAUACAACCUGAAUCAUUAUUUUUCAUCUUCCGGAGCCUGUUUCAUCUAUAAGAUAGAUGGCUGGUCAUCUUCUACAUCUUAUGAAUUGGACAGUGUGACUUGGCACUUAACCAUCUCUCCUAUUUGACUCUCCCUGCCGGCCUCUGGAGGAUGGGCUCCCCCUUUGAGUCUGGUCCCUCCCAAGGUUUCUUCCUUCUUGGGAGUUUUUCAUUGCCACUGUCGCCUAUGGCUUACUCACUGGGGGCUUUGGGUGGGGAUGCUGUAAAGCGCUUUGAGACGAUGUAAUGUCGUGAAACUGCGCUAUACAAAAAUAAAUUUGUUGUUUGUUGUUGUUGUA